CCCUUGCUGCCUGCCUGACCGUGCGCGGCAGACAGAAGCGGUACGAUACCAUGCUCCGUCGGACAGAGUGGGACAGACGCGUUCAAACAACAUGCGUAGAGAUGCAGUUCUCCCAGCAGCGCUAGGGUAGGUCUCACGCGAGUCAGAGCCGUUUUUACAGUUGUGUCUUCUCUGAUCUCUUCUCCGGAACGCACACGCGAGCUGUCGUCGUCGUCGUCUCCACGUCCGCGCGUACGUCGUUGUUCGAAUCGAUUUUUAACCGAGGGCGCAGCCAUCUUACGGGGUGUAAAACAGCAGCAGUGGCGCUCACGUCAUUUUGAAGGUGUGCAAAAGGGUUUCGAAUGAUCGAUAGUGGCGGUCGAUUAACAACAGUGUGUGAACAAAAGCAAGCGUUACUAGCAACUCGGUCGGGUGUGUGACUUAGCAGCAGAGUUGGCUCGUUUUGCGGAAGUUGAAAGUUCGGUAAAUCGGACAGUGCAGUGAAAACUACAAAUAUGAAAGCCAUCACGACAAUGUGUGCAAAGAAUGGGAGUGCUUCGCUGCCGGCAGUCGCGACUGGCCGCGUACAGCGUCACCGCGACGGUGAAAACGACGAAAUCAAGCUGUACCUAUCGAAACUGCGCGAGCUCGUACCGUUCAUGCCGAAAAACCGCAAGCUGACCAAGCUCGAGGUGAUCCAAAAUGUAAUCGAUUACAUCUGUGAGCUGCAGAAUGCACUUGACUCGCAUCCCGCGGUCAACAGCUUUGACUCGUUGGCGGUUCUUCAGCAUCAGCAGCAACAUCACCAGCAGCAGCAAACAGCAUAUUCGGCCGAAUCAAUCGAAUCCAUUCCUCCGGCGCCAGCGUCCAGACAACCACUGGCCACCAUCUUGAGCAGUACUGGCAACGUUUCCGGAUCGAAUAUCAACGCUGUCGGCGACGGAUUACAGCAGCCUUGAUGGCGAACGGCAGCUGUUACUCACCUACCCACCACGGUACACCACCAAGGGGCCGUUUGUGCUAUCGGAGGGCAGCGCUCCGUCGCACGAACCAGUCCCAAAUUGGCUUACACCAUCUGUGAUAUUACGUCGACGGCCAGCAGGACGACUAUACGCGAUUGAAGGCCCUGCACCACCCUUCGGCCCAAGGCGUAUUGACCGUGCUCAUGCUCAAACUCUUCAUUCUGCGGACGGGAUGACACGGAUCUGCAGCGUCGACACGGUGCUAACAAGCGAUUGCCAGGGCUGCGCUGCGGCAGGAUCUCAUCUCAGGCGGAUGCUCCGGCUCCCAGCGAAUUGCAGUUGCGUUUGCUGUGAACUGCGCCACCCUGCAGGGCUCGUUGCUGUGUAGCUGCCGCCGUAACAGUGUAGUAGUGUUUAAUGUGUUUCGGUAUCAUCCCAGCGAUGCAAUGCUCCAUGAUUCGGAGCGCUGGGUUUGGUUGAAGAAUGUAUAUUUAAAAUAAAUAACGUACUUAACACCUGA